UUUUCAGGGACGUAUUUACUUAUUUUUAUCGGCUCUACAAUAUAACGUAAAUAAAUAAGCAGGAAAUUAUAUAAAAAAUAAUGACGAGAGACAAUGUCAACCGAGUAUUAUAAUUAACUUCGAACUACGUAAAUAUUGAAUUAGGUCGAGAAUUUCCCUUGACGCGUUUAACAGAAGAUGGCGCCGAUUUUGAUAUUGAUGCUUUUUAUGAAAACUGCUUUGUGUCAUGUCUACGAUGUGGUCCAAACGGAAAUGUUCGCAAUUCCAAUAAGUCCUAAUUUAUUCAACUGGACGUAUCAAGAAUUUGAUCAACAGUAUCGUUUCCACGCGUCCUUGGUCGGCAAACCGGAACUGCCGUCAUGGAUGCGUUACAUUUAUAGUGGAAGACAUCACUCUGGCUUUAUUUUUGGAACUCCGCCAAGGAAAUCCCAAUCGCCUUUAACCCUGGAAGUCAUUGGUCUCAACCGUCAGGACUAUGAGACUCGUCGCGUUCUGCUAACUCUGAAGGUCCAUCCUAAGGACAACAUGGCAACCCAUGAGGUUGAACUGAAGAUUGACAACUUGAAUGUUGAAGAUCUCUUAGAUGAGCAUAGGAUGACUGGUCUGAAGGAUAUCCUCCGGACUAAACUAUGGACUGAGAGUAGCAGUGACUUGUAUGCUACGUUCCUGUCAUCAGCUAUAGACCUGGGAGCCCGGCUACCGCUUAAACCAAGCGAUGGAGAAGGACUCGUAGUCCGUCUAGGCAGCACUUCCCCCUUCUCAACUGAACUCAAACGACUCCGAGAGGAGGUCCGUCCUCUGUCGCGUCUGCCGAGCUGCCCCAGAGACUACAAGCGGACGACAGUAGAGAGGCUCUUCAGAGAUGCGGGGCUGACGCUGGACUGGUGUAGUUUUGAGCUGUACAACACUAUCUACAAGGAACGUACCACAGAGCGCCUCGAAUACCUCGCAGAGUUACCAAACGCCAGCAAUCCCGCCAAAAUGAAGGUAUCAGACAACAUCUGGGCGUCAUGGAAUCGUGACGCGCUGCCGUCGCGCCGCUACGCGCAGCAGCUGACUGCAGCGCUGGCGGCGCCGCUCGCGUUGUUACUGCUGUGCGUAGCCGCGCUGACUGCUGUGCUGUGCUUCCAUUAUGCUGCCGUGAAUGAUCCCGUAUCAGAAGUGUUUUUAGAUAACAUUUAUCACAUUUGCGCAGAUUACAAAAAACGAAGAGCCCACAAGUCGGCUAAAGUAGAGCUUUGCAGAUACGGCACAAGCAACACCGAGCAAACCCAGGUGGCUGACAAUACUGUCGAUAGUUUGGGUCCGAGUCCAAACAACAGUCUCGCGAGGCCCUACAGUCCGAAGUCAUCGACGAAUUUAGCGGGCGACUACAACCGUCCCCAACCACCGCCGUACACCGGAUCUAAUACCAACUCCCUCCACCACAGACGCUCCACCAAAACCCCAACCAACCCCUCACCAGAUAACCGUGGACACCUGGCCUUGGAGGAGUCCCUUAAACUCCUGAACGAAGCUAAUAUAAACAACGAUCUGGAUAGCCUCCUCCUAAGAAACAAAAUCAUCGACCUAGCUGACGGAUCAGACGAUUAUGUCCCCAUGGAACCGGAUCAAAUCGGUUUCAAACCGGACGUGAUCGGGUUCAAACCGGAAAUUCCUGGUUUCAAACAGGACUAUUCCGCUGAUUUGGAUGAUAUUAAUGUGCCUGAGUUGGCUAAAUACGGCAUAUCGGGGAUUGGACAGAUCUGACAAAAGACUGCCGGCGAACCGCCAGUCAAAACUUGGUUCUGUUAAGGCCAUAAAUUAUUUAAUAGCCCUGAAGCACAAUUUGCCAUAAUAUGAAAGAGUCAAUCUAUAUAUAUAAAAAUGGAUUUUCAAAUGUGUUAGUCG